CGGUGAAACUAACCUCAAAAAAAACAUUGAACAAUUUCCCAAAUAGAAUGCGUUUAUAGGCUUUAGAAAUUCUUUAAAAUGAUGUUAUCCAAAUUUGCGCGCAUUAUAUUAAAUUCUACGUUUCGAAUAAAUCCCGUGCUAGCGUCAAGGACGACCAAAUCAAUAUUUCAAUAUACAAAUUUGCGAGUUGAAGCCCGAAGUUUCCAUUUAAAUAGUUAUGAACUGCAGAAGAUAGCACCAAAACCCAAUGCAAAAACGAAAAAGCCUGAAGAUCUUUCGGCCCAAUCAAUAGGAUAUUAUACAAUGGCUAUAGCUGUGCUGUGUGCUGGACUCACCUUUGCAGCGGUGCCACUCUACCGUCUUUUUUGUCAGUCGACAGGCUACGGUGGAACGGUGAAUGAAGGCCAUGACGCCAGUAAAGUGGAGAACAUGCAGAGAGUCGGAAAUCGGGUGCUCAAAAUUCAAUUCAAUGCCGACACAGCGGCUUCAAUGCGAUGGAAUUUCAAACCACAACAAUAUGAAAUCAAGGUGGUUCCGGGUGAGACGGCACUUGCAUUCUACACAGCCCGUAAUCCAACCGAUGUUCCUGUAAUUGGCGUUAGCACGUACAAUGUGAUCCCAUUCGAAGCUGGCCAAUAUUUUAAUAAAAUUCAAUGUUUUUGUUUUGAAGCACAACAACUGAAUCCACACGAAGAAGUUGAUAUGCCAGUAUUCUUUUACAUUGAUCCAGAGUUUGACGAAGAUCCAAAAAUGGAAUUAAUAGACACGAUUGUGUUGUCGUACACAUUCUUUGAAUCAAAAGACGGUCUCAAUAUACCUAUACCCAGCUAUGCUCGGACGCAUUAGUUUAUUGUUGUGUAAUUCAUACAAAGAAAGUGCAGUUUUUAGUACAAGGAAUGAUUAAAAAAGCAAAUUUCAAACAAAAAGA